AUGUCUGCCAAAAUUCCAUCAUCUUUCGAUGGUGUAUCCACCGACGACGAAAUCGAUGUCAAUGACAUGAACACCCUCCAGAAAAUCUUCUAUAGAAGCAAGCAACAGCCACUUGUUCCCCUCGGCACGUUCUUGACUUCAGCCGCAGUGGUUCUUGCCGCCAAGUCGCUAAAGCAAGGCAGAAAGAAGGACACCCAGCGGUACUUCCGUUACAGAGUGGGAUUCCAGACUUUCACUCUCAUUGCGUUGGUGAUUGGAGGACUCUACUACCAACAGGAAUCUGCCGAACAGAAGCAGACACGUGAGGAUAAGUUGAGAGAGAAAGCCAAGUUGAGGGAACAGUUGUGGAUCGAGGAGUUGGAGAGAAGAGACCAGCUUAUUCAAAGCAGAAAGAAACGUUUGGAAGAAUCCAAGAAGGAGUUGAUGAAGGUGGCCCUGGAGGGUUUCCAGCAGGAGAGAGACCGGCCCAGCCAAGAUCCAGAGGAGAAGAAGUGA